AUGGCCGGAAAUGCUUACGUUCUGGGGGUUGGCAUGAGUGCCUUCCUCAAACCCCGGCGACUCCGCGCAUACACCGAGCUUGCCUUCGAAGCCGGAGUCAAGGCCAUGCUGGACGCCAAUGUGACUUACGACGAUGUCGAGGCAGGCGUCGGCUGCUUCUGCACAUUGCCUAGCUGCAGUGGGCAGCGAGCUUUCUACCAAUUCGGCAUGUCGGACAUUCCCAUCUACAACACAAACAACGCCUGUGCCACAGGCUCGACAGGGCUUCACAUGGCGCGGAACUUUGUGAAAGGCGGCAUCUACGACUGUGUCCUGGUCAUUGGAUUCGAGCAGAUGAAGCCUGGUGCUCUCGGCGGCGGUUCUUCGGAUGGUCCUAAUCCUCAAGACCUCAGCGUGAAAUUAAUGAACAAGACCAGAGGUGAAGCCGAGUCACCGAAGAACCCACAGAUGUUCGGAAAUGCCGGCAGAGAGUACAUGGAGAAAUAUGGCGCUUCUGCUGAAGACUUUGGAGAGAUCGCCCGUAUCUCGCAUGAACACUCCUCGCGGAAUCCGUAUGCACAGUUCCGAGAUGUCUAUACGCUUAAGCAAAUUAUGGACUCGCCAAUGAUCCAUUACCCUAUCACCAAGCUUCAAUGCUCACCCACUUCAGAUGGAGCCGCGGCGGCCGUGGUCGUGUCACAGAGAUUUCUCGACCUUCGACCAGAGCUCAAAUCACACGCAAUCCUCAUCGCUGGACAAAGCCUCAAAACCGACACUCCAAAUCUGUACUCUGGUAGCGCGAUGGAGCUAAUAGGGUUUACUACCACGGGACGCGCAGCCAAAGCGGCAUAUGCGGACGCCGGUAUUGGGCCCAAGGACGUCAAAGUGUGCGAGUUGCACGACUGCUUCUCCACUAACGAGCUAAUUACGCUGGAAGGACUGGGCUUUUGCGACGAGGGUAAAGCUCACUUGAUGGUUCGAAACGGCGACAUCACCUACGGGGGGAAGGGCCCGAUCAUCAAUCCUUCUGGAGGCCUGAUCUCAAAGGGACAUCCACUGGGAGCCACGGGACUGGCUCAGUGCACCGAACUGACCUGGCAACUUCGCGGAUGGGCCAACAACGGCCGCCUGGUCAACAACACCAAGUACGCCCUGCAACACAACCUGGGCCUCGGAGGAGCCUGCGUCGUCACCGUGUACACUCGGGCCGACGGCAAAGCCAACACCGACCGCGCCGUGUCCGACGAGGAAAUCGCCCGUCUCAGCGGCCUGGGCUAUAACCCUGCGGUGGAGGCUAAAUGGGUCACGCCAGCGCAGGCGAGGAAGGUCCGGAGCAAGAAAGCCGACUGUGACUACGCGCUGGGAGAGACCAUGAGCAAGCUCGAAAGUGUUAGACUGUAG